AUGAUCCAAACUUCGCACUUGAACCUGGGGUUCAAGUGCAAGCAUGGUGUCGACAGGCUUCCAAGCUAUGUAGCAGGUGCCUCAUCUCUGCACAACUGCAAAAGGAAGGUUGCCACGCCUGUGUCAAGGAAUAUCCAUACUUGCCCACUUUCGCAACACAUCCUGCCAACCCAUUGUAACCAGUAUGGUCGCCUGAGGAACGAGCACUAUCGAGCCUCACAAUUGUUUGUUUGCAAGUUCGGGUUCUCCAGCCAUGUCAAUUGGCUGCCCACCACAUCACACUGCCUGUGCACAAUUCUGCUAUUGCUCCCGGUUGUUUGCAAGGAGGUCAAACCCCUUCGGUUUAGAAACGUGUUCUCGUCCCUGGUCAUGUCGAAAUUCAUUUCUGACCCCUUAGGCCAAGCCUGA